UUUUGUUUUAACCUUAAAAUGUAAAUAAUCUAAUGAAAAGGGUUCUGACUUGCCAAACUUGUAAAUAAUAGACUAAUCUACGGGAUAAAAUUAUGUGUUUAGUGCUGAGAUCCUAGCUGGCUAGUAAUACUCUACCGAAAAUCCAAAGCGAGUUAAAUAUAUCAAUCCCUGACGAAAAUGGAUAUUCUAAACGAAUCUGUGGGCCUCGGCGUGGAUUUAAUUAUUUUGGGCCUCUGCGUGCGUGAAUAUAUGCACAACAAGAAGGUGGCACGACUUUUGAAGACCGCGCCGCAAUACAGCAUCGAUGGAGAUCUUAGAUCCAUUGUGGAACGUAAACAGAACAAAAGCAUACCAUAUGCGGUGAUCCGAGGCACUGUUACGCCCAUUGGCGUGCCCCUGCGGAGCACGCUGGUUCCCAGUGUCAGCGGUGUGCUGCAGAUUGUGAAGUUGCAUGAGCACCGGGUGGCCCGGGGCUUUGCCGGCUUCUGGAUGGAGCAGCGAAAGCUGCUGCACACGUCUGCCAACGAGAUGCCCUUUGAGUUGCGAAAUCAGAAGCAUGCCGUCGAGAUUGUGGACGCCCUGAACGCAUCUGUUCUUGAUGUGGACGUUGUCUACGACAGUUACGAGCCAUCUACACUCUCGGCCUUUGACCACAUCUUUGGAUUCUUCAGUGGCGUGCGACAGAAAGGCCUCCAGACCACGGAGGAAGUUCUUCGCGAGGGCAGCUUCCUGACGGCCAUCGGAAAGCUGGAGCUGGAGGGAGACUCAUUGCGUAUGCAGCCGUCACAGGAAGGAGGACUAUUUCUGACCACCGCCACUAAAUCCGCGCUUGUAAAGCGGUUCGAGGACGCCAAAUGGACAUCGAUAUUAAAGAUAACUUUUUGCGGCGCCAUAUCAGCUAUCCUGAUCGGCCUCAUAGCGAAAAAGUUAUAUCGGAAGAGAAAACAGCAGCAGGAGGAGGCGAGAAUACACAACCGCCUGGAAACAGAGCGACGCGAACGCCGUGCCCGCAGUCGUCCGCUGGCACUAUCCGAGGAUCAGCUAUGCGUCGUCUGCGUAACAAAUCCCAAAGAGAUAAUUUUACUGCCCUGUGGCCAUGUGUGUCUGUGCGAGGACUGCUCCCCACACAUUGCCAGCCAGUGCCCUGUGUGUCGGGGCAAAAUCGUUUCCAGAUCCGCUGCGUUCAUCGCUUAGACCCCGUAGCCUACAGCCAAAAGAAAUCACGUGUACCUAUGCCAUGUAUAGCAUAUUGUAUGUUACAAAUUAUUAUAGUGUUGACAAAAUUUAAA